AUGUACAGCGAGGUGAUAGUCCCUACAUACUUCUUCAUUUUAUAUUUUUCCCGAACAAUUUCUUGCUUAGAUACACCUGUACGAUUGGUUGGUGGAGCGAAUGAGUUUGAAGGUCGAUUAGAGAUUUACUACAACAAAACAUGGGGAACUGUGUGUGAUGAUGAACUAGACGACAAAUUGUCUGCUGUGGUUUGUCGAUCCUUGGGGUUACCAUGGGUUGUAUCUGAGGUUUUUUGCUGUGCUCGCUAUGGUAAGGGAUCUGGUCCUAUCUGGUUGGACAAUGUUAACUGUGUCGGGACGGAGGCUAGGAUUGAGGACUGUGGACAUAAUGCCUGGGGAUCCCACAACUGUCAUCAUAAUGAGGAUGUCUCUAUCGGCUGCUAUCCCGCCAAAGAUAUGACACAACUAGUUGGCGGUCGGAUGAUGUACGAGGGAAGGUUAGAGGUACGUCACAAUGGGAGCUGGGGAACUGUGUGUGACGACGGCUGGAGCAAACAGAACACAGACGUUGUCUGUACUUCGCACGGGUUCUCACCGGAGGGGGCAGUGAUACUGCACGGUCAGCCUUUUGGCCCGGGGACCGGUCAUAUAUUGAUGGACGAUGUCCGUUGUUGGGGAAAUGAGAGCAGCGUUCUCCAGUGUCAGCACGCCGGAUGGGGGAAUCACAACUGUGAACACUCCAAGGAUGUCUCCAUAAACUGUACAUCACACAAAAACAUUUCUACACGUAUUGUUGGAGGCCCUUCACCCUAUGAGGGUAGGGUAGAGGUAUAUCGGAAUGGAUAUUGGGGAACCCUCUGUAGCGAUUCAUGGAAUUCAAACGAGGCCUCAGUUGUCUGUAGAUCCCUGGGGUAUGCCUGGCAAAAUGCUUCAGGUUCCUGUUGUUCUUUAGACCAUAGGACGUUGGUCCCGGAUCACUGUUUGAAAGUGCGUUGUAAUGGCCUAGAAGGUGAUUUGAAUCAAUGUGAGCAAACAGAUGCGAAAAACAGUUAUUGCUGGAAGUACGACGUGUCCGUCAAGUGUCUAAGUGAUAUUUUACAGAUACUUGAGUUUAAAAGUAAUAGUUUGGUAUUUCGAGAAGGCACAUCAGCUUGGUUUGAUUUACAAAUACAAAGCAAUGCAGCAUACGAGAUUCGGUGGUUUCAUAAUGAAGACUUGAUUACCAGCUCCUCAACAAGAUAUAGAAUUACGUCGUUUGAACAUGAGAAUGGCACAUCAUCACACUCGUUACACGUCAAUAAUGUUUUACUAAGAGAUAAAGGAGAUUGGAAAAUCAAAGUAAUAAAUCUAGAACAAUAUGCAACAAGGAAUUUGACAAUUAAAGUGAUUCCCAGGUUGGUGCUUGAAAUGAAACCAAAAUACGACUUUUCAAUACCAAGUGGAGGCGACAUUCAUCUCCAAUGUACUAUCAACAAUCCAAAGUCUCUGCUUAAUGUAACGAAAGGGGGUCUAAUUUUGAAGAAAGAUGAAACCACAAUAUCAGAUGUAAGUCAUUCAAAUUUUACCAUCAUAUGGAGCACAUCGUCAGGAACAAAGGAUGACUCUGGCAGAUACACCUGCAUACACUCCGGCUAUCCGGAGUCCGUUUCUGUCUCGGUGGAUGUAACAGUCCUUCAACCAGAACAAAAAAGAUGUGAAGGCCAAAUAUCAGACGGUAUAUCAUGGAAUACCACUCUAGCGGGAAAUACUAAGUACGAACAUUGUCCGGCAAAGCAAAGAGGAAUGGCAUCAAGAAAAUGUAGAACAAGUGGGCUGUGGGAAUCUCCUAGCCUCAUCAACUGUACAACUGAAGUAUUCAUAAACGCGUCAACGCAGUUGGAUGGAAUAAUAGAAGAUGGAAUACAUAAUACUGAAAAGGUUCAGGAAACGGUAAGCAGCACUCUUCAAAUGAUAAAGAACCUGACGUCAUCGACCAAUCAAAUCAGCGCUGGUGACCUAAGCUCUUCUUUGGAUAUCUUGGAGAAGAUUGUUCACGUCAGCAACUCUACUGGAUCUCAUAUAGAGAAAAAAGCAUUCUAUGAUGUUAUAGACAAUGUGUUAUCAGCAAAUAACACCAAGUCGUGGACUACAGUAAGUGAAAAGACGGAAAAGGACGCUAGCUCUCUCUUAAGGAGCAUGGAACGCCUCAGUGAAGUUGUUAUUCAAAACGACAAUAUAACUUCAACACAGUUUACCGGUUCCAAUUUCGAACUGUCAAUAGAUAACAGAAAGAUAGACGAAACGGGGAUACGAUUUCCAGAUGUAGCAUCAACCAAUGAUUCUGAAAAUGUCGAAGAACGUUCAACCUAUCUAGAAUUACCGAAACAAGAAGCAAAAGUGGAGAAAGCAAUCAACUAUGUGGCUGUGAUCUAUAAGACAAUGUCAGAGAUCAUGCCAUCUGAUUCUAAAAGAGACCAAAAAGGAGAAAAACAAGAGGACACAUUUAAGGAAGAAGAAUUUGUCAAUUCUCAAAUAUUGUCCCUAACGACACAAUCCGACCUAGGAGUGUUAGUUCCACCCCUGAAUUUAACGUUUAGACACAUUCAAAACAACAAGCCUGCUGAAAUGCAGGUAUUGUGUGUUUCCUGGAAUUUUACUGAUAGCAAAUGGACAGAAGAAGGGUGCAAGGUCAACCAUAGUGAUCACGAAACAACAGUUUGCCAGUGCAACCAUCUUACAAACUUUGCCAUUUUGAUGAGACCAUAUUCCCAUGUGGCGGAAGACGAGCAGUCCUUGAAGACGAUGUCUUUAGUUGGUGUGAUUCUCUCCGUUACAUUCACAGCUAUUACACUUCUGAUUUAUAUUCUGACAUGGAGAAAUAUCAAAAGCGAACAAAAUAUUAUAAUGUUGAAUCUCUGUGGAUCCUUAAUUUUGGCCUACGUUAUUUUUAUCUCUGCGGUAGAACAGACAAGUAAUAAGGGUGUGUGUAUUGCUAUAACGGCCACCCUUCACUACCUUUUCCUGGUGACCUUUUUCAGUAUGCUGGGGAUGGGCGUCUAUUACUUCAUGAGUAUAACUGUCACGUACUACGCCAUGUAUGUAGCAAACAACUUUAAAUCUAAGUCCAGAGUCCACUGGUUUCUUUUAGGAAUAUGGGGCAUUCCAGUCCUAAUUACAGUAACAAGUAUUGGAGCAUUCUGGGGAGAAAAGUAUCACCUGAAAUCAUAUUGCUGGCUGUCCAUGGAAAGUGGUUCUCUCUAUGCGUUUAUUGUUCCAGUCUGUGUCAUUGCAAUCUUAAACCUAUUGGUAAUUGUCUCAUUAGUGAGGGUGCUGUGUGCUUCAAGCGCAAUGACAAAGUCCUCACUGCAGAAAAAAGCAAUAUCUGGAUUGCGGUCACUCGGAACACUGCUACCAGUGCUUGGUGUGACCUGGCUUUUCGGAAUUCUCGCCGUUAACGAAAACGCAGAUGUGUUCCAAUAUAUAUUUGUCAUUACAAAUUCUUUUCAGGGAAUUUUCAUAUUUGUUUCGCAUGUGCUGUUAAACAGAAAGGUGAUGCAAGGUCUUAAGAACAAAUACCCAGCCUUUAGUUCCCUUAUAAGUAUCGCGGAGCACAGCAAGAAGGAGACUUCUUCGAUAUCACGAGAUACGUCGACAUCAGGAACCAACGUGCAGUUGAUCAAAAUAAAGAAAAGGAGUAUAUUUGAUGGGCUUCGUAGGUUAACAACAACUAUUAAGAAUAUCGAAGAAAAGGAUUUUGAAUCACUUGUGACAGAGAAAACUAUUUCUACGGAUUGUUCAUUAAGUGUUUCCCAUGAAAAGACCUUGGUAGAAUCCCAAAAUACAUCCAAGCUAGAACCAGAAGCAGGAAAGGCUAGCACGGAAAGAAGGUUUCGGUUUUCCAUCAACCUUAAUCCCUGGACAAAGAGGUAUAGGGUAGCUCAGAUGUAAAAAAAGAA